AUAAUGUAUUUAGAAGGUUGAUUUUUAUCGCUUUUGCUGGGCGACAUUGUGGGGGACAUCUGUCAUUCUCUGCAUACAAAUUUCAUUACCCCGCACCAGCCCUCUCCGAUUUUUAUACCGGAGCCAAGGUGGAUUAAAAAUAUCAGGUGGUGGAUUAAGGCCUUUGGAGGGUCGCCAUAGUUGAGGGACUUUACGUCAUUUUUGAACCGUUAACCAUUGGUUUCCGCACACUAAGCUUAGCAAAUAGAACAUAUUUCUUUGUUAUUGUAGAAAUUAGAAAUUCGAAUUUGUAUAUACCUCACACAUACACCUUGACAUCCUUACACAUACACCUUUUCUAUAUGUACAUCUUGUUUGUGCGAUCACACCUAGGUUUAAGUAUCUCAGGCAAUACUGUCAAAUAGAGAUGUCAUUCGUGAUUGAGCGCUAAAACAGAAAACACGCAAUUCUUCAGCCUUCAGUUAAUUCUUCCGAAAUUAAGAAAGAUUACAAUUCAGAAGUGGGAUAAACCGUUUGUGCCGAAAAAUGCUUACAAAAGAGGAACUUCUUUGUGCUUUGGAAGUUGCUAACAUCGAAGUGCCUCCGAAAGCAACUUUACCACAACUACGCAUGUUGUACGAGCAAAGUGUACCGAAAAACAAAAUGGAGGAACAAUCAACCCAGAAUUUCAUUCCUCAAAGAGUGUGUGCAGAUGAAGACGAAGUGACGAAUAAUGGAAACCACGUUGCAGCAGCCGCCAUCUUGAUGAAAGACAAAGCUGCUCCGACAUCUUCGACGCAAGGUGCUUCAUUCGACGCAACUUCUCAUCAAUUGGAAUUAAUGGCGCUACGAGCAAAAAUUAUGGAAAUGGAACAGCGGCAGACGUUUACGGAUGGUCGAUUGGUUCAUCCCGAGGAGUUGAAACAUUUGAUACCGGAAUUUUCUGACGGCCUCGGUAUCAAUAAGUGGAUCAAUACGAUUCGCUACAAUAGCGAAUUAUAUGGAUGGCAGGAUCGCACGAUGCUUUUAUAUGCAGGCAGUCGGUUGACUGGAGCAGCAAGCGAAUGGUACAAUGGCUUUCGUAACACUUUGAAGACAUUCGACGAAUUCGCUGACACAAUUAAAAAGGCUUUUCCUGAUCGCUGUAACGAAGCCGUUAUUCAUAGCCAAUUAGCAUCGGUCUACAAGAAAAUUUCUGAGUCGUACACAAGCUAUGUAUACCGAGUAAAUGCGCUGGGAAUGUCAGGCCACGUGAGUGAGGAGGCUAUCAUAACUUAUGUCAUCAGAGGACUUUCUCGUGACCCUCUCUAUGAUAGCCUUGUGACCAAGGAUUACCGCGAUAUUUACGACCUGAUUGACAACAUUAAGCGAUAUGAAUCCCAUCUUCUGUUGCGCAAAAACCCAGAACGCCGCAGCCCAUCUCACAUCAACACCAUUUCCCCGAGACCGAUUCCACCAAGACAAACGACGACAGAACCUCUUCGAUGUUAUAACUGCUCGAAUCAUGGACAUCAUUCAUCGCAAUGCACACAACCUCGCCGAGCUCCGGGUUCCUGUUUCCGAUGUGGUAGCACAUCACAUGUCAUUCGCAACUGUCCUGUCCCAGAUAGACGUCAACUAACGGUUGCUGCGGUACAGGGCAACGACAAUGAAACAGCGCAUCUAGAUUCUGGGGAAAAUGGAAACUUCGUUCAACUUGAGGCCUAUCAGGAGCUCUAAAAGCUUCAUAAAUGAAGCCAUUGUUCCGGUUACAAAACUAAGCGCUCCCCAACCAAGUGGAUUUCGAGGAAUAGGAAAUGUGAAUUUACAAACUCUUGGAACAGUACAGCUAAAACUUAGUUUUCGUAAUCAAACAUUCAUUCACAAUUUCUAUAUUUUACCAAAAAGCUACAUGUCCCUAUCCAUGAUAGUAGGGAGAGAUUUGUUAUCAGAAUUUAACAUCACACUCGCUCAAUUCCGUAAACAUUACAGCAAACUUAUGCUGAUGAAUUUAAAUAAAGAUAAAAUUCUGAACUUAAAAAACCGGGUUUUUACCAUAAGCUCCAAACGUUGGGUCUUUUACGUAGUUCGAUCCAGGCUCCCUUACCAGAGGUAUGCAAAGAUUCGAAAUUGUCCGAUCCCAAUAUUUCUUCAAAAUUCAUUUCGAUAUCAGACAAAUCUGAACAUAAACAACAAUAUGACACAACUUUUUCUGAAAUGUGUUCUAUAAAUAUUAGCGAUGAGGCUAGCACUAUAAAUGUUGGAGAACAUCUUUCUAAAGAACAAGGCAUUGCUUUAAGAUCAAUAGUGUCCAAUAAUUACAUUAAUUUUCCGGAUAAACAUAUAAUACCAUCUGCUCAUAAAAUGCGAAUUAGCUUAACUCAUGAUACUCCUAUUUUCACAAAGCCUAGACGACUUUCUUUCGAUGAAAGGAAUAAAGUAAAAGUCAUUGUGAAGGAUUUAUUAGAGAAAAAUAUAAUAAGACCCAGUAACUCUCCUUAUGCUUCCGCACUGGUACUCGUUAGGAAGAAAAAUGGCGAAAUUCGUAAGUGUGUCGACUACCGACCUCUUAAUAAAGUAACAAUCCGCGACAACUA